UUUCCAGAUCUCCGAUUAGUGAAGAACAGGUAGGGUAAGGAGAUACAAUUGCGUUUGGCCAUGAAACAUAAACUGAGUUUGUUGUGGUUGCUGAUAGUCGCCGCGAAUCUGUCGGCCGGCCACGACGUUAAGGGAGGAUCGUACAGCGGCAGUUUCAGUAGUUCACAUUCGUCUUCAUCAGCUUCAUCGUACAGCAGCUCCAGUCAUAAUUCUUUUUCGAGCACCGGUGACUUGGGUGACAUUGUAAAGACCGGACCCUAUGUAGGCAGUUCAUCGUUCUCUUCUGCUAGCGCCAGCGCCAAGGCCGAGGCCAAUGCUGGGUCAUUUUCCGGUUCUAAAGCGGGAGCUAGUGCUAGCGCCGGUGCUUUUGCAGGAGCAGGAGCUCAUGCUGGGUCAGGAGCAGGAGCUCAUGCUGGGUCAGGAGCAGGAGCUCACUCAGGAUCGGGAGCUUUCGCGGGAUCAGGGGCCCUAGCAGGGUCUGGAACUGGGGCUUAUUCAGGAUCAGGAGGUGCAGGAUGUGGAACUUUAGGCGGAACAGGAUGCGGGGGAGCAGGAGGAGCAGGAUCGGGAGCUGGAGGUGGCUCUGGAGCGGCAUCAAAGGCUAAUGCAGGCGCUGGUACCGGUGGCGGUAUUGGGGUAGCACUAGGAGGACCCAGUCAUGGAGUUGGUGCAAGUGGCGAACUCUCAGGAUCUACCGAUGGAAGGUAUGACGCUUUUGGAGGUUCUGCAGGUCCUCAAUUGGACGGUAGCAGCAACACGAUAUCGGGAAUCGGUUCUUAUAAACCUGGAGGUAUCUCAGGUGGACCCAGUGGAAGUUCCCUCACUCAAAGUGGAAGUAAUUCAAGCCCUGGUAGUGGAAACUAUGGAGGAUUCGCUUACACGCCAUCAAGUGGAGGAUAUCCGGGAAGCAGCACUAACGCAGUAUCCGGUGGCAAAGGACCUUGUUGUAAAGGACCUUUUCCUGGUCCAAAGGGCAGUAUUUACGAUUCCAAACCAGCCCCAGCCGGAGGUGGCGGACCUGACCCAGCUUGGUUAACGGGACCAGGAGCCACAGGGAGUCCAAUCGGCAUCCCCGAACCUGGCGUUACUGUAUCGUCUAGUUUAAUUCACAAACUGCCAGGUUCCAAAGGUACUAUUUACGACAGCAAACCUUCUUCAAAUACCGGUUCUUUUGUUCCCGGAAGUCCAUCAGGGGGUUCUUACGUAUCUCCGGGACAUGGAGUUACACCAAGUGGAGUCGCAAAUGUUAUCGGCACCCUACCUGGACCUUCUGGAAGUAUAUUCAGCAGUAAACCAGCUACUGGCGCAGUUUCAUUACCUGGAACUAUAGGUUCAUCAGGAGUUAAAGCUCCUGGUGUAAUAGGAGCCCUUCCAGGAUCAUCUGGUAGUAUAUACGACAGUAAGCCAGUCACCGGCACUACUCCUGCAUCUGGAAUUCUUAUUCAUGGAACUUCAGCCCCUUCAUUAGAACCUGUUGGAGUUCCUAGCGUGAUCGGUACGCUUCCAGGGCCAUCCGGCAGUAUAUACUCGAGUAAACCUUCAGCGGGAACGGGUACUACACCUUCUGGCGGAACCUACACGGUAGGAGGAUCGUACGACUAUACUCAAUCAGGAGCUUCUAGUUCACAAAGUACUUCUGGUAUAUCAGGAUCAUUCGUAGGAACUUUACCCGGUCCAAGUGGAAGUAUAUACGACAGCAAACCGGCCGGCGGUACCUCAGGUGCCCCUAGCAGCCAUCCUAUAGUUGGACCUGUUUGUAGUUACACACCUGGUGCGAGACAUAAGCCUUCAUGUAUACCUGGAUCUUCAUCAACUGGAUCUACUGGCAGCGGUUAUCAUCCUGGUGGUUCUGGAAUCCCUGUUAAUGUAGGACCUGGUGGAUCUCCUAUUGGCUCUGGAACUGGUUAUCAACCUGGUGGUUCUGGAAUUCCAGUUACUGUGGGUCCUGGGCCUUUACCAGGUGGAUCUUCUGUCGGCUCUGGAACUAGUUAUCGACCUGGUGGUUCUGGAAUUCCAGUUAGCGUAGGCACAGGACCUGGAACUGGUUAUCAUCCUGGUUCUGGAGUUCCUGUUACUGUAGGUUUUGGAUCUUUGCCAGGUGGAUCUUCUAUUGGCUCUGGAACUGGUUAUCAACCUGGCAGUUCUGGAAUCCCAGUUACUGUAGGCACAGGACAUUUACCAGGUGGAUCUGGAGUCGGUUAUCAUCCUGGUCCUAUAAUUCCCGUUGGUGUUGGCACUGGGCCUUUACCUGGUGGAUCUCCUGUCGCACCUGGAAGUACUGGCGUCCCAGUUUAUGUUGGUCCUAGUGGAUCUCCAGGUAGUGGUGGUUUAUCCGGACCUUUCCCGGCCGCUGGUUCUGGUUGCAAAUAUGUUCCUGGUACGAAAACUAAAUUGUGCUCUGGCUUACCUUCCGCUGGAACACCAACUCCCGCUUUCGGACAAAGCGGUCAAUCUACAGCUGGGGCAGAUGCUAAUGCCGAUGCUGGAGCUGACUCAGGAAAAUAUUCUGGUUCAUAUCCUGGCUCCUCCUCGGGCCCAUCAGGAAGUGGUGGCAAACCUGGUGUUCCUUCCUCACCUUCCGGUUCUACACCAAGUGGCGCUGCCGGGUGUUGUAAUGGUCCCUUCCCUGGUCCAAGUGGCAGUAUUCAUGACAGCAAACCAGUUUACGGCAUUUCUGGAUCAACCAGUUCUGCAGAAGCAGGAGCCAAGGCCAACGCGGAUUCAUCUACCUCAUCAGGUCAGUUCUCUGGAUCUACCCCAAGUGUAGAUGGAGCGUUCACCAGCAAACCUCUUGGCUCCAUUUCUGGUAGCGGUAGUGCUACCUCGUCAGGUUCUAGUAUUUCCACUUCUUCCGGAAGCUCUGGUUCUACUAUCGGUGGUAGCUUCACUACUACAAGACCCGGCGGAAGUUUUGUUUUUGUUAGCAAAGAGGACAAAGAUUCACCAUUAACUUCAGGCAGUUUCUACGAUAAACCAGGAUCCGGACAAUUCCCAUCGUUUGCCCAGCAAAAGCCAAGCGGCCCUAUCACUACUGGAAGUGGAGUAAGGCCCUCAGAUAAAGAUAGCGGCGAUUUUGGACCUGGUACUGGAGUUCUUCCAAUUGACGGAUCCCAAUCUCCGUCAUACGGAGGCUCAGCAGGUCCUUCUACCCCUUCAGGAGGAAUUGGAUUUGGAAGUGGGUCUCAAGUUGGUACAACUCUAGGAUCAGGUAGCAGUUCAGGAUCUGGUGGAGCAAGUCAGGACUUCACUAUCGGGUCUGUCUAUAUUGGUGGAUCUACUACAACACCAAGAUACGAUGGUGCCGGAAGUACAUCUGGAUCGGGAACAUCAGGUAGUUCUUACACUACUUCAACAACGUCUGGAGCUGAUAGUACCUUUGGAGGAUCUGGUGGUUCCUAUGGUACUUUAACUACCUCUGGAGCUGGUAGUGGAUUAGGAAGCGGAUGCGCCAAGGGUACCAAGGGAGGUAGCUGUGGUUCAGGUGGAAAACCUAGCAGUGCAGGAGGUCUCGGAGUGGGAGGUGGAAUAGGAGUUGGUUCUGAUAAAUCAGGAGAUGGCUUUGCGACUGGAUCAGUUAGUAUAUUCAAACCUGAUGGAACAACAUCUUCUGGAGACGACAUUAUUGAGAGCACAUUUGGAGCAUCAGGCACAUCUGGUUCAGGAGGUCAGAAAGGAUCUGGAUCAUCAUUUGGAUCUGGUACUGGUAGCGGAUUCGGUACCGGAUCAAGUGGGUCAGGUAUUGGAUGCGCAGGAGGAAAGAACUGCGGAUUGACUGGAGGACCAAGUGGUACUGGAGGUUUUGGAAUAGGUGGUGCUGGAGGCAGCGGAAUAAAUGGAGGAGCUGACAAAUCAGGGGACGGUUUUGCUACUGGAUCAGUUAGUAUAUUUAAACCAGACGGCUCUAUAUCUUCUGGAAAUGACAUACCUGGAAGUACAUCUGGAGGACAAGGUUCAUCCGGUGGUUCUUACUCAGGAGGUCAGAGUGGGUUUGGAAGUGGUAGUGGAUUAAGUGGUGGCCCAACUGGAUCGGGUAUUGGGUGUGCAGGAGGAAAGGGUUGUGGAUCCGCAGGAAGCGGUAGUGGAAGCUUUGGAGCAGGUGGUAUUGGAGGCAGUGGAGUAGGAGCAGGAUCUGACAAAUCAGGAGAUGGUUUUGCUACUGGAUCAGUCAACAUAUUUAAACCAGACGGCUCUAUAUCUUCUGGAAAUGAUAUAUCUGGAAGUACUUCGGGAGGACAAGGUUUAUCGGGUGGUCCAUAUGGUGGUCCAGGAGGUCAGGGUGGGUCUGGAAGUGGUAGUGGAUUAGGUGGUGGCCCAAGUGGAUCGGGUAUUGGAUGUGCAGGAGGAAAGGGUUGUGGAUUAGCAGGAAGUGGUAGUGGAAGUUUUGGAGCUGGUGGUACUGGAGGCAGUGGAGUUGGGGGAGGAUCUGAUAAGUCAGACAAUGGCUUUGCCACUGGAUCAGUCUCUAUAUUCAAACCCGACGGAUCCAUAUCCUCUGGAAACGAUAUUCCUGGAAGUACAGUUGGAUCGGGAGGUUCUUAUGGUGGUCAGGGAGGGUCAGGUUUCCCUGCCGGGUCUGGAGCUGGUAGCGGAUCAGGUGUUGGAUGUGCAGGAGGAAAAGGCUGUGGAUCAACAGGAGGUAGUACUGGAAGUUUCGGAAUAGGCGGUGCUGGAGGUGUCGGAGCUGGCUCAGGUGCUGAUAAGUCAGGCAAUGGUUUCGCGGCAGGAUCAGGUUCAUCUGAUGGAGCUUCAGGAAGCCACCAGGGAGCAUCAGGUUCAUUCGGCGGAUCUUAUGGUGGUUCAGGAGGUCAAGGAGGAUCAGGAGGCCUAUCCGGAAGUCAAGGAGCAGGAGCAGGCAGCUCUUCGGGCGCGUUUGGAAGUGGUGGCGAUUUCGGCCACGGUUUUAGCAGCGGAGCAGGGGGCAGUUCCUUCGGAACCGGGAUUCCCUUCGGUAGCGGAUUCGGUGGAGGGUUCGCUUUUAGUGGAUCCAGUGCUCACAGCGGUUCCGGUUACCAGGGAGUGAAAGGAGGAAGUGGGAGUGGAAACGGUGCUUUGUCAUCAUCGGGUAGCGCCGCUGGCUCUGGAGCCGGAUUCGGGGACUUGUUCAACAAUGUGUUUGGAUCCAAGGGCGUUGCGGGGUCGUUCUCUAAAUCUGGGUCCUUUGCCGGGUCCGGAGCGAGUUCUGGAUCUUUUUCCAAGUCAAACGCAUACUCAAGCGCUUCAAGUUAUUCCAGUGCCACUGCCAAUGCAGGUUCCUCGUCAUAUUAAGUAUUAGGAAUUAUUGUUGUAUUUUUAUCUGUGAAAGAUUUUAUGCUUUAAUAUGUGAUCUUAUUUUUAAUACAAAAUAUAGGUUUUAAGUAUAA